AUGGGUGAGGAUGUGGACGUCCCAUUGGCUGCUACAGAUUCUCCUGCGUUGCCCGACGGUCCUCCAGAUGGUGCGGCCCCUCCUCCGGGUGUUUCGGUGUCGUCGGCUGAUCUUCCUGCCCCUGUCGCUGUCCCAGCUGCUCCCAUGGGUCUUCCAGAUGGUCUCUGCGCGUCGUCAACGUCUUCGUCUUCCUCGUCUUCUGCUGCUGCGGUUGGCCCUGCGCCUUCGCCGGGUGUCUCGGCUGAGCUGGGUGCUGGGGGGGCUGCGGAGCGUCCUGUUGUGUGCAGCCCUGUUCCCCCUGCGGUUGAGGCUGCUGCCGUGUUGCGACGGGCAUCGGUUCGCAUGGCUUGUGAAGCCCAUAGUUCUGGGUCCGUCUCCGGCUCUGAGGAUGUGCGCCCGGUGCCCAAGCGGUCCCGACGUUCUUCUACUGCUUGGGCUGAUGUGGAAGAUUCCGACACCAGUGGUUCUUCAGGCGAUGAUGUGGUGGAUUCGGGUGCUUCGCGUUCUACGUCAAUGGUGGUUGCUGACGUCCAUGUGCCUGCUGGUGACACCGAUUGCGCUUCUGAUUUACCUCCCGUUCUUUCUUCUGCAAAAGGUUCUCCGCAGUGGGGGGUGGUCGCUCCUUCGGAUGUGGGUGCUGGUGCGGGCCGCGACCUCAUGUUGUUGCUAAAGAAGGAUGUUCGGCGUGGAGGGUCCCUGAGGGUGACGUGUCCGUUGGUUGCCGCGGGGCCCUGUGGGGCUGCCAAGGAAGCUCCAAGUGUGCUGCCCGUCGCCCGGCCCCGUGGGGGAAAGCCCCUCCCAAUCGUCUUGGCCUCCGGCGUGGCAUAUACCACUUACUGA